UUCUGACGUCAGUGGCCUCUUCCCUGCCUAUGCCCUCGUGAGGUGGGCAGUGUAAAAAAUUCUUGUCUUUUCUCCAUCAAGAGAAUCUAAAACCAUCCGUCAAAAUGGUGAACUUUACCAUAGACCAGAUCCGUGCCAUCAUGGACAAAAAAUCCAACAUUCGUAACAUGUCUGUGAUUGCGCACGUGGACCACGGAAAGUCAACUCUGACAGACUCGCUGGUAUCGAAGGCUGGUAUCAUCGCCUCAGCUCGUGCUGGAGAGACACGUUUCACAGACACACGUAAAGAUGAACAGGAGCGUUGCAUUACCAUUAAAUCUACCGCCAUCUCCCUGUUCUACGAGCUGUCUGAAAACGAUAUGGCCUUCAUCAAGCAGUCAAAGGAUGGAUGCGGCUUCUUGAUCAACUUGAUUGACUCACCUGGGCACGUCGACUUCUCCUCUGAAGUCACUGCUGCUCUCCGUGUCACUGACGGAGCCCUGGUUGUCGUGGACUGCGUGUCUGGUGUGUGUGUCCAGACUGAGACAGUGCUUCGCCAGGCUAUUGGUGAGCGUAUCAAGCCAGUCUUGAUGAUGAACAAGAUGGACCGUGCCUUGCUGGAGUUGCAGCUUGAAGCUGAGGACCUGUACCAGACUUUCCAGCGUAUCAUUGAGACCGUCAACGUCAUCAUUUCCACUUAUGGAGAGGAUGAACAUGGACCCAUGGGCAACAUCAUGAUUGAUCCAGUUAUUGGUACUGUUGGCUUCGGCUCUGGCCUCCACGGCUGGGCUUUCACCCUGAAGCAGUUUGCUGAGAUGUAUGCUGCCAAGUUUGCUGCCAAGGGCAACGCCCAGAUGACACCAGCUGAGCACUGCAAGAAGGUGGAGGACAUGAUGAAGAAACUGUGGGGAGACAGGUACUUUGACCAAGAUAGUGGCAAGUUCUCCAAGACUCCUUCUGGACCCGACGGCAAGAAGUACGCUCGUACCUUCAAUGCCCUUGUCCUGGACCCCAUCUUCAAGGUGUUCGAUGCCAUCAUGAACUUCAAGAACGAAGAAGCUAACAAGCUGAUCCAGAAGCUGGAAAUCAAGUUGGAUUCUGAAGACAAGGAGAAGGAGGGUAAGCCUCUCCUGAAGGCAGUGAUGCGUCGCUGGCUGCCUGCUGGAGAAGCCCUCCUUCAAAUGAUCACCAUCCAUCUGCCUUCCCCCGUCACUGCCCAGAAGUACCGCUGUGAGCUGCUGUAUGAAGGACCUGGAGAUGAUGAGGCUGCCAUGGGUAUCAAGAACUGUGACCCCAAGGCUCCUCUGAUGAUGUACAUCUCAAAGAUGGUACCCACCAGUGACAAGGGUCGCUUCUAUGCCUUCGGUCGUGUAUUCUCUGGCUCUGUCUCCACUGGGCUGAAGGUGCGCAUUAUGGGACCAAACUUUGUCCCCGGAAAGAAGGAAGACCUUUACGUCAAGCCAAUUCAGAGGACCAUUUUGAUGAUGGGACGUUACACUGAACCCAUUGAGGAUGUGCCAUGUGGUAACAUUGUGGGUUUGGUUGGAGUGGACCAGUACCUUGUCAAGACCGGAACAAUCACAACCUAUGAGCAGGCGCACAACAUGAGAGUGAUGAAGUUCAGUGUCAGCCCUGUGGUGAGAGUUGCUGUGGAGGCCAAAAACCCCGCUGACCUUCCCAAACUGGUGGAGGGUCUGAAGCGUCUGUCCAAGUCUGAUCCUAUGGUGCAGUGUAUCAUUGAGGAGUCUGGAGAACAUAUCGUCGCUGGAGCUGGAGAGCUGCAUCUGGAGAUCUGUCUGAAAGAUCUGGAGGAAGAUCACGCUUGCAUUCCACUCAAGAAAUCUGAACCAGUGGUGUCCUACAGAGAGACCGUCAGCGCAGAAUCAGAUGUGAUGUGUCUGUCAAAGUCGCCCAACAAGCACAACCGUCUGUUCAUGAAGGCCCGUCCCUUCGAAGAUGGCUUGGCAGAGGACAUUGAGAAGGGUGAAGUCAGCUCUCGCCAGGAGCUCAAGGCCCGUGCCCGCUACCUUGCUGACAAGUUUGAGUGGGAUGUCGGUGAGGCCAGGAAGAUCUGGUGCUUUGGACCUGAUGGAACUGGCCCUAACCUGCUGGUGGAUGUCACCAAGGGUGUGCAGUACCUUAAUGAGAUCAAGGACAGCGUGUUGACUGGCUUCCAGUGGGCCGCCAAGGAGGGUGUCCUCUGUGAAGAGAACAUGCGUGCAGUUCGCUUCGACAUCCAUGAUGUGACCUUGCAUACAGAUGCCAUCCACCGUGGUGGUGGUCAGAUCAUUCCUACAGCCCGCAGAGUUCUGUAUGCUUGCGAGCUCACAGCUGAGCCCAGGUUAAUGGAGCCAGUCUACCUGGUCGAGAUCCAGUGUCCUGCUGUUGCUAUGGGCGGAAUCUACGGCGUGUUGACCAGAAGGCGUGGUCACGUGUUUGAGGAGUCCAGUGUAAUGGGCACACCCAUGCGUGUUAUCAAGGCCUACCUGCCUGUCAUGGAGUCAUUCGGUUUCACAGCUGACCUUCGUUCCAACACUGGGGGCCAGGCCUUCCCACAGUGUGUAUUUGACCACUGGCAGGUCCUCCCUGGAAACCCAAUGGACCCUGCAAGCAAGCCUGGUAUUGUUGUCACCGAGACACGUAAACGCAAGGGUCUCAAGGAAGGUAUCCCAGCCUUGGACAACUACCUGGACAAACUGUAAAAGCCUGCACCCCACAUGGUUCUUGCCUCAUUCCACACUUUCCAAUAAAUUUUAGUCUACAUUGUGGGACCGGACUGUACAGUGAGCACUAACGUUUGCCAAAAGGAUUGACAAUAAUGAAUAAACUACAAAAAUUGUAAACGAUAAAUAAAAGAAAAUAAAAACUAAA